CCCACACAUCAUCUUCCUGUCACAGAGUGUAUUACCGGGAGAGAGCCAUCUCUGUGGAACACGUCUGUGCCAUGAAAUUGCUCAUGCUUGGUUUGGACUGGCCAUUGGUGCUCGUGACUGGACCGAAGAGUGGAUAAGUGAAGGGUUUGCCACUUUUUUGGAAGAUGUAUUUUGGGCUAGGGCACAAGAGCUGUCACAUGAUGAAGUAAAAGGGCAGCAAGAAUUGAAAGCUUUACUUCGUUGGCGACGACUCAGAGAUGAGGUGCAGAACUCUGAAGAAGAGCUGCAAGUUUUAAGGCCCAAAAAGGAGAGUACAGGAGAACUAAGUGAGUCUGGAGCUUCUAUUGUCAAACAUGGUCUUAAAGCAGAAAAAAUCUUCAUGCAGGUUCACUAUUUGAAGGGUUAUUUCCUUUUGCGGUCUCUGGCAAGGACAAUAGGAGAGGCUUCAUACCUUGCUUCUUUACGAAAAUUUGUCCAUAAGUUCCAUGGGCAGCUUGUCCUUUCUCAGGAUUUUCUUUGCCUGCUGUUGGAAGACAUCACUGAACAAAAAGAAUCUGGGUUAACUGUAGAAAGUAUCUUCCAGAAUUGGCUUGACACUUCCGGAAUACCAAAG